AUGAGGGUUUCCGGGCUUGUGUUGCCGAAUGCCGACUGCAAUAAGCUCGGUGCUGUUGCUAGCGAGUCUGAUAUUUGCAGCGAAAUUGGCGGGGACGUCUUGAAGAAAGGCGGCAAUGCGGCUGAUGCCACAGUCGCGACUGUACUAUGUGUCGGUGUAGUGGGCAUGUACCACUCCGGUAUUGGCGGUGGUGGGUUCAUGCUUGUCAGGUCCAGAAAUGGCAGCUAUGAGUUUAUCGACUUCCGAGAGACAGCUCCAGCAGCUGCUUUCCAGGACAUGUACACGAACAAUACCAACAGUAGCAUCUAUACCGGGCUGGCUAGUGGCGUACCUGGAGAGCUACGUGGUCUGCAACGCCUUCACGAAGGCUAUGGCAGCUUGCCGUGGAAAUAUCUCGUCAUGCCUGCUGUCAAGGUAGCUAGAGACGGCUGGACGGUAGGCAAAGACCUGGUAAAGUACAUGGACUCUGCAGUGGUCGGCAUUCAGAACUUCUUGGUAGAAGAUCCCAACUGGGCGAUUGACUUUGCUCCAAACGGCACUCGUCUGGGGCUCGGUGAUACCAUCACUCGCAAACGAUAUGCCGCUACACUUGAGACCAUUGCAGAGCAUGGGCCAGACGCCUUCUACACAGGGCCCAUUGCUGAAACCUGGAUUAACUACAUCCAAGCCAACAAUGGCACCAUGACUCUUGCAGAUCUCAAGAACUACUCGGCGGCAGUCCGUGAUCCACUCUCAAUCACAUAUCGGGACUACAAGAUUCACGGAUGUGGUGCACCAUCUUCCGGCGCUGUUGGUCUGUCGGUAAUGAAAAUCAUCGAAGGAUACCCAGACAUUGGUUGGUCGUCCACCAUCAAUGAAAGCAGUCAUAUCUUCGACGAAGCUCUCCGCUUUGGAUAUGGCCAGCGCAGCAGUCUUGGAGACCCAUCAUUUGUCGAAGGCAUGGACGAGUACCAAGCUGACAUGCUCAAUGAGACGACAGUCAAUGCUGUGCGUGCCAAGAUCAACCCACUGCACACUUUGAACGUGUCAGCUUAUGAUCCAUCUGGAUUCGAAUCACUGGAGACGCCUGGCACGUCAGCUGUGGUUGCAGCUGAUGCAUCCGGGCUGGCGAUUGCUCUCACGACCACUGUCAACUUGCUCUUCGGCUCGCACCUCAUGAUCCCAGAAACUGGCGUUAUCUGCAACAACGAGAUGAACGACUUCUCCGUUCCCGGCGCAUCGAAUGCCUUUGGAUACAUCCCAUCACCCGUAAACUAUGUUCGUCCCGGCAAAAGACCACUAUCAUCCAUCACUCCCACAAUCGUCGAACACGCAAAUGGCACCCUUUACUUCGCCACAUCUGCUGCUGGAGGAAGCAGAAUCAUCACCUCGACACUUCAGAAUUUAUGGCAUGUCCUGGAUCAGAACAUGACUUCUGCUGAAGCCUUAGCCCAACCGAGACUUCACGAUCAACUUGUACCCAACCAAGUCUCCUUUGAAUACACCUACAACAACGAAACAGUCGCAUUCAUGAAAACUAGAGGACACAAUGUUACUUACGUCGCGCCAGGUCAAAGCUCAAGUCAGCAGCUCAGGAGACUAGGAAAUGGAACUUUCGAAGCAGCGGGUGAACCGAGACAGAAAGAUAGCGGAGGAGUGGCAGUGUAACAAGCAUGGUAGAAUCCGUAACGACAGACACGUAACGAAAAGAGCAUUACUCUUGAGCAAGGCAAAAGUCAAGGCGAACUCAAGUCCCAUACCCUUCUCCCAAAAACCCUUUCCCCACCAGUCCCAUCCUUCGGCAUUUGCCCUUCUAAUUCACAAGUUUCCUCACACCUUCGCUUGGAGUAGCUCAAGCUCCCAUCUCCAUCUCUAACCAGUCAUAUCAAAUCCUUAAGCUUCCUUUGAAGAUCUAACGUCCCUCAGCCAGACUGGAACAAGUCGAAUGUGGCUCCAGGGCAUUCAUAAUCUCUUUUUCACGGGACCGCCCACAUUAUGGCAGCUUGAUCGCGCGUAGGCUACGAGGCUCGUACGAGAAUGGAGUUGGACAUGUUGCCAGGAAACCCAGAAGAAGCGCGUCAGCACGGCGGUUCCAAAGGUCUAACGGUUGGCUACUCUGCCGGCAGUUGUAUGCUGCUACAGUCACUCGCUGAAGUUCUUUGUGCUCCGGAGUACAAUAGCAGUGAAACGGUGGGCCACGGACAGGCUACGUCGUUUAGUAGUGAAGCAUGCGGCCACACAGCUGAUGCAGGCCAAGUG